CCCAAAUCGCCCCACUAAGAAAAUCACCAUUCAGCGAAAAUUAAUUCAACCCCUCCAACUCUCAGUUUUCGCCCUACAUCGCCAGAUUAGGCCACCACCGAGCAACGCGUUGUCGAGGACCACGAAAAGUACCACCGAAUAGCAUAGCGAUUACGGACUAGCUGCAAUCAUGUCUCGAUUCUUCCGCGGCGGCGACGAGAGCUCGACCGAGAGCAGCUCUGAGGAGGAGGAGCUGUACUCCACAUCUGAGGAGGAAGAGGAGGAGGAGCAGGAGGAGCAGGAGUCCUCAGAGGAGGAGGAUGAGGAGGAGGAAGAGUCCGACGAUGAAGCCGGUCCUCAAAAGAAGGGCUUGUCCCGUUUCUUGGUUGACCAAGCAUCCUCCGAGAGUGAGGAAAGCGAUGUGGAAGGGGCAACAAAGGUCAAGAGUGCCAAAGACAAGAGGUUCGACGAACUCGAGGCUACGAUUACCGCCAUUCAAAACGGCCAGAAGAUCAAUGACUGGGGCUCCAUCGCAAAUGAGUUCGACAAACUUAACCGUCAGGUGAUAAAACUACAGGAUGGCGGCAAGGCGCCAAAGUCAUACAUCAAGUGUAUCGCCGAGUUGGAGGAUUUCAUGAACGAGACUCUGGCCAAGCAGAAAGUCACGCCAAAAAAGAUGAACGCCACAAACGCACGGGGUCUCAAUGCUGUCAAGCAACGCAUCAAGAAGAACAACAAGGAGUACCAGGCUCAGAUCGAUGCUUUCAGGAAAGACAGCGAUGCGUUUAUGGAGUCGGACGAGGAGGAGUUGCCUCUUCCAAAAGCCACCAAGGUCAGGUUCCAGGAGCCAGUUUCCGGGGAGCCAGAAGAUGAGGACGACAAGGGUUUCGCCACGGUCCCCAAACGCGGCGGCAAGGCCAUUACCUAUUCUCCCGAGAGCAUUCAAAAGCACCUUCGUGCAAUCAUCGAGUCCAGGGGCAGGAAGAGUACGGACCGCUUGGAGCAGAUCAGGGUCAUGGAAGAGCUCAAUAAGGUUGCCGAGACGCCCUAUCUCAAGAUUCGGGUCCUUCAGACACUGGUUUCGGCUCGCUUCGAUCUGGGUACCGGCACCGCGUCUUCAAUGCCGUUGGAACACUGGAAGGCCGCCGAGAAGGAGCUGGCAGCUCUGCUUGCCCUCCUCGAGACGCACAAGGACCACGUUGUGAUCGAGAAUGCAGAGGAGUGGGAUGACGACGAAAAGACGCCUGUCCUGGGUCCUGAUGACAAGUACAUCAAGGUGCCCGGCAGCGUAGUGUCAUACAUUGAGCGCUUGGAUGACGAGCUUACCCGCUCUUUGCAGAGCAUCGAUCCCCACACCUCCGAGUACAUUGAGAGGCUGACGGACGAGACAUCGCUCUACACCAUUAUUCUCCAGGGUCUUCUCUACUAUGAGACCAUCCGCAAGGAUGCGUCCUUAGAAGUGCCCCAAGAGAGCCUGAACAGGAUUAUCCAGCGACGUUUGGAUCACGUUUACUUCAAGCCGGCUCAAGUGGUGAAGAUUUUAGAGGAGAACGCAUGGAAGCAGAUUUCCAAUGCUUUGGAUUCUGCCAUCACACCUCGUUCCUACUCGAGCGAAGCCGGGAAGCUUAUCCACGUCCUGUGCGAUUAUCUUUUCGAGCAUAGCGAGGGCAUUAUCCGCGCUCGUGCCAUGCUCUGCCAGAUUUACUUCCUGGCAUUACAUGAAGAGUACGACAGGGCGCGCGACAUGAUGCUCACCUCCCACUUGCAAGAGAGCAUUCCCAAUUUCGAUGUCGCCACACAGAUCCUCUACAACCGCACCCUGGUCCAGGUCGGCCUGUGUGCCUUCCGGAAAGGUCUGAUCUAUGAUGCUCAGAAUACUCUUCAGGAUAUCUGCGGCAGCGGUCGGCAAAAGGAGCUUUUGGCUCAGGGCGUCAUGAUGCAGCGCUACGGUCAAGUUACACCGGAGCAAGAACGCCUCGAGAAGCAACGGCAACUUCCCUUCCACAUGCACAUCAACUUGGAGCUUCUGGAGUGCGUCUAUCUCACCUGCAGCAUGCUCCUUGAAAUCCCGUUGCUCGCGCAAAUUGGCUCAUCGCCGGAUAUCAAGAAGCGCAUCAUCAGCAAGACGUACCGCCGCAUGCUUGAAUACCACGAGAGGCAGAUCUUCACCGGCCCGCCAGAGAACACUCGUGACCAUGUCAUGCAGGCAUCCAAGGCACUGGCCGCUGGCGAGUGGAAGAAGGCUAUCACCUUCAUCCACAGCAUCAAGAUAUGGGACCUCAUGCCGGGCGCUGAGGGUAUCAAGGCCAUGCUCGCCAAACAGAUCCAGGAGGAGGGACUCCGGACCUACCUGUUCACCUAUGCUCCCUUCUAUGACACCCUUUCCAUUGAGACCCUGAGCUCCAUGUUUGAGCUUGACUCACGCAAGGUCGCCGAGGUUGUUGACAAGAUGGCCAACCAUGAGGAGCUCGCCGCUGCUCAUGACCCUGUGACCGAGACGGUCAUCUUCCGCAAGGGCGUCGAGCUCAGCCGCCUCCAGAGCCUUGCCCUGGCCCUCUCAGAUAAGGCGAGCAACCUGAUUGAGACGAACGAGCGCACACUCGAGAUGAGGACACAAGGCUCGGCCAACGCCUUCAGCAGAAAGGACGGCAGGCACCACGGCGGCGCGAGGGGUGGUGGCCAACGUGGCGGCAGGGGUGGCGCGAGGACAGGCGGCAAUACACAGCGGCAGGCCGGCGGCACACAGUUUACGGGCGGUGCGCUUGGUGCUGCGGUUCGUGCUUAGUCUUGGGAUGACGGAGGGAUUUAUCGGUUCAGUUUGCUACUAGUUUACUGGGUCAAGGGUUGUUUUACGUAUGAAAACUGGUUCUGUGGUGUGGUAAAAUGGAAUCCACUAUAGACCAGGGAAUGCAGACAGGAAUCAGAGGCUCUUUUACCAAAGGCAUUCACGCGUUCUCGUAUUGGCAUCAACGGCUGUCUACCGUGUCUUGCAGUGAUCACUUGUACCAAGAAACCCCUAUUUGGACUGCGAGCUUGUGUAAUGCGGGGCUAUGUAAUGAUAUGGACGUGCGGCAAUCGUAAAAGGAAGUUCAUGGAGGCAUAAGAGUCACGACUCACCGG